UUUCCCAGAAAGAUAAUGGGUGUGCAGGAUUAUAUUUGCAUCACUAUGACUGGAGGGGCACCUUGGGGUUUCAGACUUCAGGGUGGCAAGGAAGAAACGCAGCCUUUGCAGAUUGCCAAGAUUCGAAAUAAGAGCAAAGCAUCCAAGGCUGGGUUAUGUGAAGGAGAUGAAGUGAUAUCCAUCAAUGGCAAACCUUGCACUGAGUUGACUUAUUCGGAAGUUCUUCUUCUGAUGGAAGGCCUGACUGACACUCUUCAAAUGCUUAUCAAAAGAUUCUCCAAUGGGGCAAAUGAAACUUUAAGUUCUGAGCUAGAAAACGAAAACCUCACUGACAUUAAAAAUAAGGAAUAUAAAGAAAGCACAACCCUACAAAUCAGAACAGCAAUGCCAAGUCCCCACCAGGAAUUGCAGAUCAUAGUGCCAACUGAGGAAACACUCCCAACAAAUACAAGGCAAACUACUGUGGAUUUUUCUGGAGCAAAGCAAGAAAUAAUCCCCUGCUACAAAAUCCCUCCCAAAGUGAUUGAAGCCCCUAAAGUACACUGCACGGAGGCAUCUGCCUUUACUGGAGGCAAGCCCGGCUCUACAGUUGAGUUACAGUUGUCCUUUCCACCUGACAGGAAUAAAAGCAGCAGCACUGGGUCUGGUCUGACUGUUGUGGAGGUCCAAGAGAGCAAGCCUCUGGAGACAGGAUCAGUCCUAACACAAGAAGCGAUUAGCUGGCUAAAAGAGCCCUCUGCCCAGUGGACAGGCAAGAUAGUCCAGAUUGUUGGUGGCAAAGAGAUCCAAGAGACUCAUGAAGGUGAGAGAAAGGAACCCUCUCUAACUAAGGUUGAAGUGAUUCUGGACUGUUCUGACCAGGCAACAGAAGCAUCCAGAUUUCUAGCCGAAAAGGGGUGUGUAGAGGCUCAAGUGGAAGGAGGGCAGUCAGAAGCACCUCCUUCUGUAGUCUCCUUUGGAAUCUCAUCAGAAGGCACAGAGCAGGGGGAAGACGAACAGCCCUCCGAAAAGGAACCCAGCAGACCUCACAAACACCGGGCAAGGCACGCCAGGCUGAGAAGGAGUGAGAGCCUAUCAGAGAAGCAGGUGAAGGAAGCUAAGUCUAAAUGUAAAAGUAUUGCUCUCUUACUGACAGCAGCUCCAAAUCCCAAUUCCAAAGGAGUGUUGAUGUUUAAGAAGCGUCGCCAAAGGGCCAGAAAAUAUACUUUAGUUAGCUACGGCACUGGGGAACUAGAACGUUACGAAGACGAAGGUGAAGAAGACGAGGGUGAAGAAGGUGAGAAGGAGAACACUUUUGAAGUAACUUUAUUUGGCACAAGUGAGUCAGAAAUUGAUGAAGAUUUCUUCUCUGACCUGGAUAAAGAAGAACGCAUUGUGACAUUUGAUUGGGAUACUGGACUACUUGAGAUUGAAAAAACACCCAAACGUGGGGACGAGAUGUCACAGCUGCUUCCAGAGACCAAGGGCAAAGGGGCACUCAUGUUUGCCAAAAGACGUCAAAGGGUAGACCAGGUCACUGCUGAACAAGAAGCAGUGAAGAUGCAGAGUAUGCGUAGAAUUGAGGCACACCAAGAGGCCACUUCAACAGAGACCAUCCAAAAUAUGAGUUCUUCCUUUUAUCAAGCAAAACAAGAAGAAUCUGCCAGAAUGCAGAAAAGCCACAUCAGCAAAAGCUACAUAGAAAUGAACCAUAGUCCUAGAACAAUAGUUCAGCAAAAUGGCAUCAGGGUUGUCCCAGAGAUAAAUAUGAUACAUCCCCCUCCAGAAGCUGUUAGCUUAUCUACUUCAAACAGAACAGCCAAGCCUUUCCCUGGUGUUCAGAACAGAGCAGCGGUUCCCUUUUCACCCCCAAGAAGCAUGGUGGCUCUUCCCUCCGAGCUACCUGCCCCACCUCCUUAUACUUCAGUUAGCCCACCACCUGAAACAUUAUAUAGAACUGUUUUGACUCCAGCGGCCACAAGCAUGAGUCAGCCAACACUGUGGUCUCCAACAGAAUCAACAGAGCAGAUUGCAUCCAGGGAUGAACGGAUUGCUGUGCCUGCAAUAAGAACUGGAAUAUUACAGGAGGCCAAGAGAAGAAGCACUGCAAAGCCUAUGUUUACAUUUAAAGAAGCCCCCAAAAUGAGUCCAAAUCCUGCUCUUUUGUCCCUCGUACAGAAUACAGAAGGCAAAAAACCUGCCACUGGUGGCUUUGAAUCUGGUCCUGAAGAAGACUACCUCAGUUUGGGAGCAGAGGCCUGCAAUUUCAUGCAAAUCCAGGCUGCCAAACAAAAGAUCCCACCCCCAGUUGCUCCCAAGCCCUCAGUAAAGGUUUCUCCGACUGCCACAACACCUAUUUCACCAGUCUGGUCACCUCCAGUUGUGGCUGUUGCUCAAGCUCCCAUCUUUCCAGUUCCAAAAUCUCCAGAAGUAGCAAGCCCAGCAGCCAUCAAAGUAGCACAACCAGCUUAUCCCCCUCCACAGCCUCCACAACCUCCACAGCCUCCUGGUACUCUUCACCUGGAGUCUUCUUUUAAGGGUCCUCAAGUUUCAUCACCCCACCAAAAUUAUACCCCCAAAACAACACCCAUCACUCCAUUAGGAAAUGCUGUCCUUGCUGGUGGAAUGGGGCCAGCUUUUGAGAUGCCUCCAGCUAUGAGUGGUAAGGGGGCUCAGCUCUUUGCUAAAAGGCAAUCACGGAUGGAAAAGUAUGUAGUAGACUCAGAAACUGUGCAGGCCAAUCGGCCCCGGCCUUCAUCCCCAACUCCUUCAUUACCAGCAUCUUGGAAAUAUUCAUCUAAUGUUCGAGCACCGCCUCCUGUAGCUUAUAAUCCCAUUCAGUGUCCAUCUUAUCCUCUUGCUGCUAUCAAGUCUCAGUCACAGCAACCAGGAGCUACCAAAACUACUAAGAAAAAAUCUAAGAAACAAUUAAGCUCCUUAGAAGUGAUGAAGCAUCAGCCAUACCAGCUUAAUGCAUCUUUAUUUACUUUCCAACCUCCGUUUGAUACUAAGGAAAAUCUCCUUCCCAAACAUCCUUCAAAGAUCGAUUCAGUGUCUGCCUUGAAACAAGCUGUACCAUCAAGAGUACUCAAUGCUGGUUCUCCCUCUAAUGUUCAAGCUUCUUCAGUAUAUUCUGUACCAGCCUACAGCUCACAACCAUUCUUCCCAUCAAGUGCUUCUAGUCCUGUAAUUGAGCCCUAUACAUCAAUGGGCUGUCCUACAUUUUUGAAGCAAGAACCAGCAGCAUCUCCUGUAUUUUCUGUUCCCAAGCCAAAAUUCUCAGCCAAGAAAGUUGGUGUCACAGCACAGGUGUGGAAACCGACAGUCAUUGAAGAGUAAAAUAUAGAUACAACACACUGUUCACUUGUCAUGAAUUCUUUGUAAUCAUAACCUGACAGCCAAAAAUGAUCCUCAGCUUACUUAAUAAUUUUCAAAUAUAUCACAUAAAAUUGGGGUCCCAAAAAGGCUUAAGCCUGAAAAUUUAUGCACAUUUAUCAUGAUGUAAUAAAUUCAGAGAUAAUUACUUCAGGUAACUGUGCAUACAUCAAUUAUUUUACAUGAAUUAAAAUGAAUAUUAACUUGCAAAAAUUGUAUGCAUUUAUGUAUACAAUAAUGUUAUUACUAUUAUUCAAGUAGGCACAUAGGAUAUUCUAUCACCGUCAUGUACUAGUGUGUGUAGUAUGUUAGGCAGUGCUUUGAUACACACAUACUCAGUGGAUUCUGUUCCUGCAGUUUUAUCAAUUAGAACAUAGUUUUCAAAAAGUUCUACUGUUAGGGAACGAAAAUAUGCUAAUCCAAAUGCCUGAGUAUAGCCAACCAAUUAUUUCUGGAAAAUGGCAAUAUUAUUACUCAUGAAUUCAGUGUGUAUACAAUAUAGAUUUGACUCAAUUCUGCAACUGAAUCCUUAUAAAAAUUCUGUUAGGCCUCCUCAUUAUAAUGGGGUGAAUCCUACUGUUAACUUUUUGUACUACAUCAUGAGAGUGGGAAUGUAUAACUUUCUUUUUAUGUUCCCACAAUCAAAAGUUGAAUAUGCAAAAUUGUAAAAUCAAAGUGGCAAUUCCUUGAUUCUCAGCUAAGAUUACAGAUAGGCCAGCAGAAGUACAUGAUUUUGAGAAUAUAUCUAUGUAAACAUUAAUCCUUGUGCAGACAAUCAGAUAAUAAGGCUGUGUUUCAUUUAAUUCCUAUCACCGUAAGAGGAUAAUUUGUAUACGUUAAGCACAGAUAGCUUGCUUUUUUUUUUUGUUCAGUUGUGAUACUUUCAUAGAAUGGGGCCUUCAGGGUAGAUUAAAUAUGACACACUGUCAUGAAUUACCUCUGAUCUCCGACUUCUUGCAACUAUAAAUAUGUUUUAAGGAAGAUUAUAGCAAGUUUUGGAAAAAGAAGGACAUUAGGGAAGGAAGUUUAGGGUAUUUCCCUUUUUAAAUAAUGUUGAUCUCUUCAACAUUAGCAUAGUUCUACAGCUGUCAUAUUAUGUAUCAUUAGAAAAAAACUAUUAGAGCUCUUGAAGAGCCAAGAAGAUAAGCUGGCUUCUACAGCUUUGGAAAUGGUGCAAUAUGUCAUUGUGAAAGCAGAGUGACUAAAAUCUGAAAGGACAUAUCAGUUUUGCAACCAGAGUAGUGAUGUGCCUAAAACCUGAUUGAAAUAUGAUAUAGCUUGAUUCCUGACCUCAUUGCUCAUCUCUGGGGCACAUUCUUGUUUUCACUUGGGACUUUCUAAUCUUGCUUCUUUCAUUUGUAUUUCUUUUCAUUAUAUUCUUGUUCUCACUCUUUUAAUUCAUAUGUGGUGGACCAGGAGGAUCAAGACACUGUUACCAUGCCAACUUCUGCUAAGAUUAUACCUGCUUAUUUCAGUCUGUGCAUACAAACGGACAUUUUUAUGUCCAGUAAUGUUUCAAUCAGUAGGUGGAUAUUUACAGAUCAAUGCACUCAGAUGA